GCGGCGGGCGGGCAGUGGUGCGGGAGCGGCUGGAGAAAGAUGAAUUUCAAGGCCUGCCUGUACUGCUUUUAAACCUUGAUGACGUAUAUGUCACAUUGCCCCUUUCUCCAAAAAUUCGCCUCCGCCAUCACUAUCCAGGGACCCUUUCAGAGGACUGAGGUGAAGAGAAGAUGUGGGGAGAGCUCACACGCCUGAUGGCGUUCCACGCACUGCUCCGAGCACGUGGGGCUCUCUCGCCCCGGCUCUGCAGAAAAAACAAUCAGAUCACCUUGUUCACAUAUUGAUUGUCCCUUUGAUCCACUGCGGUCUGCCCGUUCAUGGCAAGAGCCCCCGCCGGGGAGAUGAUCAAGGUCUGGGAGGCAUCUGCCUGCACCCAGGUAGCUGCCGCGUGGGGACGCUGCGGUCUGCACUGCCCAGUACUUCCCUGCUCUCCUGGCGAGUGCGCGUGGGCACCUGCCCGUUGUUCUCUGUCCCUGUGUGGAUCGUGUGCCAGGCAGGGCUGAGGACACUGCCUCUGUGACCGACGUCCUGCCCCUGUGACCCACUGCCCAGCCGCUGUCCUGCCCCUGGAAGUGCAGAGGUGUCGGGAGCUGCCCACCGUCCCAGGACAAACCAGCAGGUGGUGGUCUCCCGCGGAGCAGACUUCCCACUGUUCCCUUCUGCGCUCGAGCUGGCGAAGGCUCUGGACCCAGACCCAUCCGCUCCCCGGGGACUGCUUCGGCUGACACCGCGUCUUGCGAGCAGGAGAGCAGGCCAGCAGCGCCAGCAAAUGGAGAUGGUAUUCAGGAGACAAGAGAGCAGUGAGGGGUUCUGUGGCCUCGCGCUCUGGUGCCGGAGGCUGUGCCCUGAGCGGCCGGGAGAAGAAGAGUACUCUGACAUUUUUUUACAGGUACGUUAUCUUAGGCGCACAAAGCCGAUUUCACAGGGAAAAGCCGGCCUUGGUCAAGGAAGCGACAUGCCUAGGGAACGGGAGGAGCAGCCAUCUCCUCGCAGCCCAUCUGACCCCCCUGUGCCCGGCCCCCUGGCCCAGGCUGAACAGCGCGAGCAGCGCCCAGAGAAUGACAUUGACCUUGAAGGUCUGGUGAAUGAUAUGAAUACAUCUUUGGAGAGCCUGUGCCCAUCUGGCAACAUGCAGUCCGAGACGGUGCCCCUGCGCCAGAAUGGCCAGCACACCCGUGGCCAGCCGCUACCUGCAGGAGCAAGGCCCGCGGAGCCGCAGGCGUCUGCGCAGCAGAAGGUGCAGCGCUCCCAGCCCAUGCACAUCCUGGCUGUCAGUUUUAGGUUCCUAGCAAAAUUCAGAGGAAGAUACAGAGAUUUCCUGUACACUCCCCUCCCCCAUCGUCAACAUCCCCACCAGAGGCGCCUGCAGGAGGAAGACCAGCAGUUGAAAACCUCGUCGCUGCCGGCCAUUCCCAACCCUUUCCCAGAGCUCGGCAAAAAGGAGAGCCCCGCUGCGCUCGCGUCAGGCUCGGGCUUGGGCUCGGGCUCGGGCUCGGGCUCCGGCUCCGGCUCCGGCUCGGGCUCCGGCUCCGGCUUCCUGCCGCCUCCAAGCCAGCCCCAGCCCCCGGCGAAGACGGAUGUUAAAAUCUUCGGUGAGGACGGGACCUGCAAGGUGGUGGAGAUUCCGGUGGACAUGAAGUCCCGGGACCUGUGCCAGCUGCUGGUGUACCGCAGCCACUGCGUGGACGACAACAGCUGGACCCUGGUGGAGUUCCACCCCCACCUGGGGAUCGAGCGCUGCUUGGAAGACCAUGAGCUGGUGGCCCAGGUGGACAGCACCAUGGCCGGCGAAAGCAAAUUCUUAUUCAGGAAGAAUUAUGGCAAAUACGAGUUCUUCAAAAACCCCACCAACUUCUUCCCGGACCAGAUGGUCACCUGGUGCCAGCAGUCCAACGGCGGCCAGAACCAGCUCCUGCAGAACUUCCUGAACACCAGCAGCUGCCCCGAGAUUCAGGGGUUCCUGCACGUGAAGGAGCUGGGGCGCAAGUCCUGGAAGAAGAUGUACCUGUGCCUGCGCAGGUCCGGCCUGUACUGCUCCACCAAGGGCUCCUCUAAGGAGCCCAGGCACUUGCAGCUGCUGGCCGACCUGGACGACUGCAGCGUCUUCUCUGUGAUCUCCGGCAAGAAGCAGUACCACACCCCCACGGAGUUCGGCUUCUGCCUGAAGCCAAACAAAGUCCUGCAGGAGACAAAGGAGCUGCGGGUGCUGUGCGCGGAGGACGAGCAGGGCCGCAUCUGCUGGAUGACCGCGUUCCGGCUGCUCAAGUAUGGAAUGACCCUCUACCAGAACUACCGGCUCCCCCACCACAGAAAGGCGGCCUACCUGAGUUCCCUCUCCGGGCCCGUGCGCAGUGUCUCCGAGAGCUCCCUCGUGGCCAUGGACUUCUCCGGGCAGACCGGAAGAGUGAUCGACAACCCCGACGAGGCUGAGAGUGCAGCCCUGGAGGAAGGACACGCCUGGAGGGUAAGGAGACGCAGCACCAGGAUGAGCGCCCUGGGCAGCCAGAGCCCCCUCGCCCACUCCUCCCUCAACACCGUGAUUCACAAGAGCCAGCACUGGUUCCAUGGCCGCAUCUCCAGGGAGGAGUCGCACCGCAUCAUCAAGCAGCAGGGGCUGGUGGACGGGCUCUUCCUGGUCCGCGACAGCCAGAGCAACCCCAAGGCUUACGUGCUCACGCUGAGCCACCACCAGAAAAUAAAAAAUUUCCAGAUCUUACCUUGUGAGGAGGAGGGGCAGGUGUUCUUCAGCCUGGACGACGGGAACACCAAGUUCUCCGACCUGAUCCAGCUCGUCGACUUCUACCAGCUCAAUAAGGGGGUGCUGCCCUGCAAGCUCAAGCACCACUGCGUCCGCGUGGCCUUGUGACUCGCCCCGCGCGGCCCGGCGGCUGGGGCGCACCCACGUGGCCUGGUGGCCCCAGACCCGCCUGAGCUGGUGGCUGGAGGGAGGCCACACUGGAAGGAGUAGGAGGCCUGUGCAUGGUUGAAAACACACUUUGAUUCUGUACCUGGGGAGCGCAAUCGUUUCCCUCGGUGCCAACCCCCAAUAUUGGAUAGUCCUCGGAUGUAACGGUGAUUUGUGGCUUGGACCCUGCCAGCCAAAUCAGGGGCUGAAAGAACGAGUGCUAAAUUUGAGGAAAACUGGAAGGAGCGUCCUGGCGGGGCCACGUGAGGAUCAUAGCAGUGAUUGGAAAUAAACUCUUGCCCUGGAAUAAUCUUGACAAUUGAAACUGACAUGUUUACUUUUUUGUAUUGAUCCCUUUUUUUGCACUCCUUGUUUUCAAUGUUGUAUUCAGCCCCUGGUGGCGGGGACACGGCUGUGCAGCGCAUACAAGACGGAGAGACAGUUUCAAGCGGACGGGCACACGUUGCCGACGGAGCACCGAGGUAUCGGAGGGCGGGCCCGCCUGCCGGUCACCGCAGGCGGAUUCGGCGUCCGGAGAACCGGCACCCUCGCCCUUCCCUGUUUACCGGAAAAGCUUCUGAAAACCCAGGUGUCGCCCGUGGUCGGCAUCGGACAGCUUCGUGGACCAGUCAGCAGCCACGUCCGUCACUCGCUCUCCACACAAGGUGCCGCGCUCGUGCUCCGAGGUGCCCGUCUUCCGCAGCCAGGAGCCUUCGUUUCCGGGGACGCCCUGCGCCACGCCCGCAGGGCCGAGUCCCCCGCUGGUUGGAGACAGGCAGCUUUCUUGAGACUCUGCUACUCUCGUCUGCCCGUGGUCCGUCCGCCGGCUCACCUGCCGCCUGUUCUAGAAGGAUCACCGCCUGACCCUGCGGUGGCCUGAGCCUCUUCAUGGCUGUCCUCCCUUGGGGACUCAAGGUUCUGAUAAGAAAAUGUCACCCGCUUAGCUUCCUGCAGAGACCCGCAGGUUUCCACGGUGACACGGAUGGAAACAUUGAAAGGGCAUGACCCCGCCCAGAUUGGCAGGUUUCUAUGGUGACACGGAUGGAAACAUUAAAAGGGCACCAUGUCUCCGCCCAGAUUUGUGAGUUUCCAUGGUGACACGGAUGGAAGCCUUGAAAGGGCAUGUCCGCGCCCGGAUUGGUGGGUUUCCAUGGUGACACAGAUGGAAACAUUGAAAGGGCACCAUGUCCCAGGCCCGAUUCCCAGGUUUCCAUGGUGACACGGAUGGAAACCUUGAAAGGGCAUGUCCCCGCCCAGAUUGGCGGGUUUCUAUGGUGACACGGAUGGAAGCCUUGAAAGGGCAUGUCUCUGCCCAGAUUGGCGGGUUUCUAUGGUGACACGGAUGGAAACAUUGAAAGGGCAUCAUGUCCCAGGCCUGGUUCCUGGGUUUCCAUGGUGACACGGAUGGAAACAUUGAAAGGGCACGUCCCUGCCCAGAUUUGCGGGUUUCCAUGGUGACACAGAUGGAAACAUUGAAAGGGCACCAUGUCCCAGGCCUGAUUCCUGGGUUUCCAUGGUGACACGGAUGGAAACAUUGAAAUAGCAUGUCUCCGCCAAGAUUAGCGGGUUUCCAUGGUGACACGGAUGGAAACAUUGAAAGGGCAUGUCUCAGCCCAGAUUGGCGGGUUUCCAUGGUGACACGGAUGGAAACAUUGAAAUGGCAUGUCUUAACCCAGAUUGGCGGGUUUCCAUGGUGACACGGAUGGAAACAUUGAAAGGGCAUGUCUCAGCCCAGAUUGGCGGGUUUCCAUGGUGACACGGAUGGAAACAUUGAAAUGGCAUGUCUCAACCCAGAUUGGCGGGUUUCCAUGGUGACACGGAUGGAAACAUUGAAAGGGCACCAUGUCCCAGGCCUGAUUCCUGGGUUUCCAUGGUGACACGGAUGGAAACAUUGAAAGGGCAUGUCUCUGCCCAGAUUGGCGAGUUUCCAUGGUGACAUGCAUGGAAACAUUGAAAGGGCACCAUGUUCCAGGCCUGAUUCCCAGGUUUCCAUGGUGACACGGAUGGAAAUGUCGAAAGGGCAUGUCCCCGUCCAGAUUCCGGUUUCCAUAGUGACAUGCAUGGAAACAUUGACAGGGCAUGUCCCUGCCCGGAUUGGCGGGUUUCCAUGGUGACAAGAAUGGAAACAUUGAAAGGGCACCAUGUUCCAGGCCUGGAUUCCUGGGUUUCCAUGGUGACAAGGAUGGAAAUAAUGAAAGGGCACCAUGUUCCAGGCCUGGAUUCCUGGGUUUCCAUGGUGACAAGGAUGGAAACAUUGAAAGGGCACGUCCUGGCCCAGCUUUGCGGCCUGUGCCUGAUGCCCCCGGCCUGAGACCCCGGCACGGGAGGCAGCUGGCGGCCUCUGCCGCCUCGUCCCUCACAGCAGCUGGGGACGUGGACCAGCCUCGUCAGCAGGACACUGCUUCCCGCUCCGGGGCCGCUCGGACGGUGCCCGGCCCAGAGGGGUGUCCCCAGGUCUGAGAGUGGCCGUGUCUUUCUCUUCUUUGGUCUCUGACGAGCACACAGCCCUCUGUGGUGCAAGUGAUUUUCUUGUCUAGUAGCAGUUCCGCUGUUGACUGGCCUCUGCAUGUGCCCCCCGACCCACCGCGGGGCCCCCGAAACACAGGCCCGGCCUCGGGCCGCACCGUGGGUCAGUCAAUGGAGGGGAAACUGUUACUCUACAGGCCACACUCUGGUUGUUUUCUGUGCCUGUCCAUUUAUGCAGAUGAAGAAGUUUUAGUAAGACGUUUUUAGCUAUAGUUACUCAAUUGUGUUUUCUUUUUUGUACCCAGUUUAUCUUUCAUAGCAUUGACCUUAGGCGGGCCUCCCAUUGUGCUGGCGGGCGCUGCCCAGACCACCGCGGGACUGACUCUGACGCCGCCACCCCUCACUGGCUGGAGGCGAACCCUGAGCCCGGGCCAGGUCCCGGCCGUUCCUGUUGAGUAGACCAGGCCCAGCAGUGAGACGAGGCCCGCCCCCCUCCCCCGUAGAUGGCUAGUGUUUGCGGCAUUUCAUAUUUAUACGCACGCGUUUUUAUUUAAAGGACAGCAGGAGCCCGACUCUGACUCAGUUUCGCAUGUAGCUGUGUGCCCGGCCCUUGGUACCUCCCGGCCUCCAUGAAUGGAUGGCGAGUGCAGGUUUGGCACAGGGCGUCCUCGCCCUGCCCGGCCGGGAGGGCCACCUGACAGCAGCCGGUCCCUGGACGAGGCAGUGUCCACCCGCCAGCCAGGGGCUGAAGACAUUCGGCCUUUAUUUUUGUAUUUCGGUGACAUGAAUGUAAACGGGACAGCUCAGGGUCGUUUGGAGCCUGUUGAGUUUUUAUCUGCCUGUGAUUUUAUUUUCUUUUUAAGUGAUACUCGUGUAACAGCCUGGGCUAAAUCGAGAAGGAAGACGCCGGUGUUUUGGGUGUCGCGCCCCCAGCAUGCUGGGGGCGAGAGUUCCAGGAUGCUUUUUUGUUUGCUAAACUUUGAAGAAAUAUGUGCCUCAGUCUAGAAGUUUUGUCUUCUCUCCUCUGCACGUGACACCUGGCAGUCUGACCAGCCGUCUCGCCUUUCAGGGUGGGACUCGCUCGCAGGAGGGGGUGAUGUCGGCGAGCCGCGGUCCGGGCGUGCAGAAGGUGCAGGGACAAGCUCGACUCAUGUGCUUUGCUCCUCUUUGUACAUAGCUCCUCAGCUCAUGAACCUAAGUAUACACUUUCAGGUAUUUUUGUACCAAUAAGGGACUGGUGAUCUGUUUCUUGUAAUUUGAAAUAAACAUUAAUAAACAUACAGUGUUCUUCAUUUUC